AGGGAGAAAGCAAGCAAGGCAGACAGGCAGAGAAGACAGUGGACAAGGCAUCAGGACCCUGCACAUUGGAAUUAUACCGCUUGCAGCCAGAAUGGUCAUCCACAGCCGUGUUGCUUUGGGAUUUUAUCUUCAGCUCUUUUUCUGCUUUGCUGUAUCUCAGCCCUUCUUUGUUGACAAUGUCUUCUCAAUUUCAGCAGCCCUGCCUCACUUGAACCAGAAGAAACAGAUUAAUAACAGAGUGUGCUCUUUCCUUGCCCUUCCUCCUCCUCCUCCACCACCACCACCACCACCUUUAUUUCCUCUACUACACUUCAAGCAGGGAUGGAAUUCUAUGUUGUUGUCUUUGAAUCUGAACAACUUAUGUCAAGAGCUUCAGAUAACACAAUCUACGUGUGUAGAAUCUUUGUGCCCUCCAGGACCUCCUGGCCCACAGGGUCCACAAGGUGUUUCUGGUGUAAAGGGACCAAAGGGGGAAAAAGGCAGACCAGGUGCUCCAGGUGCCCCUGGAGUGCCAGGAUCUAUGGGAUGGCCUGGUCCAGUGGGACUGCGGGGUGAAAAGGGAGAUUUAGGUUUGAUGGGAUUGCCAGGUACAAGAGGACCAACGGGCUUCAAGGGCUACCCUGGAAGCAGAGGAGAAAAGGGAGCUAACGGAGAGAAAGGUGACAAAGGCAGCAAAGGUGACAAGGGACACAUAGGCUUCCCUGGAAUGUUGGGGCAGAAGGGAGAAAUGGGUCCAAAGGGGGAACCUGGUGCAUCAGGACACAGAGGUCCAACUGGAAGACCAGGAAAACGAGGCAAACAAGGACAAAAGGGAGACCUAGGACUUCCUGGAGCUACAGGUCCACCUGGCCGACCUGGUCAGCCUGGUCCACCAGGACCUUUGGCAUCAGGGCAACUAACAAUGGGGACAAAAGGGGAAAGAGGGCUUCCUGGACCUCCAGGGAAAUGUCUCUGCAAUCCUCAGCAAAAUGUGAAUAUCCCACCCUAUGACGAACCACUGUUUGGACAGGCCUAUUCAAAGGUUCCUGCAAUUUUUGUCGUGAAUAAUCAGGAAGAGCUAGAUAGGUUGAACACAGAAAAUGCUCUAGCAUUUCGAAAGGAUCAGAGAUCUUUGUAUUUCAAAGAUACUUUUGGAUGGCUUCCAAUUCAGCUUACAUCUUUUUAUCCUGUGGAAUAUCCGCUAGAAGAUGGCAGCACAUGUGGAGAUGGCGUCCUCCAAGAUGGGGAAGAAUGUGAUGAUGGCAAUGCCAUAGUGACUGAUGACUGUAUAACAUGCCACCAUGCUUACUGUGGAGAUGGUUACCGACAUGAAGGUGUAGAAGACUGUGAUGGGGAAGAUUUUGGAUAUUUAACUUGUAAAACAUAUCUCCCUGGGUCUUACGGAAAAUUACGAUGCACUUCAUAUUGCUAUAUUGACUCUACAGAGUGUCGAUAUUUUACAUGAAGAGUGGGGUGUGGUACACAAAUAUCCCAGAUAUGACAUGCAUACAUCAGGUGCUAUGUUAUCAUGAACCCAAGACUGAGCAAUAGACAAACAACCCGUCUGUGUGAUGAAAACCAAUGUUGUGCUGCUCGUGGUGACUGGAGAUGUGUUUUUAAAUUGGCUCACACUGGAAGAAAAUAGGACCACUGCAUCCUGUCUUAAUAGAGAAAUGUCAAGCAACAUUCACAGUUAAGACUUUCCUUUCCAUGGCUGCUUACAGGAAUUCCCCUGUGCAGCGAGAAAACCAAUCACUGGAAUACUGUAUUCUACAUCAUAAGAACACAAUAAUACCUCAACUUAGCACUAUUAGUCCUACAAAUAAGCUCUUCAGGUGGUUUUUGUUUUUUUUAAAGACUUUUCCAGUAUAAACACAAAGCAUAUUUUGGUUGCAGUGUUUAUAAGGACUACUUGUUUUUUUUGUUACAAUGUGAACUUUGUACAUGCUUUACCUGCAUGAAUUAAUUAUGUUUUCAAAUUAGAAGCCCCCAGUUCAUGUAUAUUGACUUGGGGCAAUUAGGCUGCAAUCCUGUGCACACUUAUGUGGGAGUAAGUCCCAUUGAACUCAAUGGGACUUACUUCUGAGUAGAGAUUCACAGGAUUUCACUGGAAAAGUUAAACAGAUGGAGGAACUGAUCAGCUUUACUUACGGUGCAAUCUUAUGUAUGUCAACUCAGAAAUACCUCCCCCACACAUGAAGUGGAUAUAGGUUUGCAGCCUUAGGAACAGAAAUUAUAUAACAAUGUGAGAGAUGUAAAUAGAAUGAAAUAUAUUGAAAGGGACUGAACUGGAAGCAUUCGGAAGGGAGUCAACACUUACAUAUUAUAAAGGCAAACAGAUAGAUUGAUAAACUUUCAAAGCCCUGAAAAGGCAUCAGUCCAUAGCAGAAAAUUAAUGACUGAUUCGCCAGUUCUUCACCGUGAGAUUACUGCUUUGGAACAAUUGACUCUUGAAACGAAAAAACAAGCUCCUACAGACCCAUACGAAUAAUAAUAUAUCCUUUGUUAAUAUGCCUGAAAUUUGCAUUAUUAAUUAUGCAUCAGAAUACAGGGUGGCAUUUUGAAGUAUUAAGAAUAGUUUAUAUGCCAGGAAGUGUUGUUGACCUGAUUUCUCAUGUACCUGAUACUCAGUUCUACUGGUUUCCUGUCUAGCAAUUGCUUUCCAGUAUUGGCUUUGUACACCAGUUAGUAUUAUUGGAUGUGUUCGCACAUCAUCAUGGUUUAAUGAGACUUGCAUGAGCUGAAAUGAGCCCAAGCAAGUCUUGGGCUCAGACACUUCCAACCUCUUUCUCUAGUUGCGGGGCUUGAAGACUUGUCAGCCUUUACUUUCAUUUUCUCUUAAUCUCAGAUUGUCAUUGCAUGUGAACUGUGGAUGGGGCUUACACUACUAUGGUUAGUUUGAACAAGUCAGCUUUGAAACCUAUGGUUUGAAGUUGGUUUGUUUUGAAACUGCCCUGAAUUAGUGAUAAGCUAUGAUUGCCUGUUCACAUUUCAGAACAAGUAGAGUUUAAGAGAAACUGAAAGUAAAUGCCUCCUCUCAGCCUAAUCAAAGGGAAGGGAAAGCAUACAAGCCCAAAGCUUGCUCAGGCUCCUCCCAGCUUCUGUACAUUUAAAGGGGGGUUGUACAGUUUUAAAGUGUUUUAGUGCUUUUGUUUGCCACCCUGGGCUCCUACUGGGAGGAAGGGCGGGUUAUCAGUCAAUCAAUCAGUAAAAUACAUCAUGCUGAACCAUAGUUUAGCAAGGCAAGUGAAUGCGGCUACUGUGUAUAUAUUCCUAUUUGUAUAGCUGAUAGGAGUCGCCCCAUAGUGUGUUAUUCAGGUUACAUGUUGUAUAGAGCUUAUAUGUAUAUAUGCCUAUUUUUCCCCAAAUAGAUUGGCUGUCUUAUGCUAUCUUUGAGAGCAUUUGAGAUAAUUACUUAUUUCUACUAGAUAUUAAAGAGCAAACUUUAUGUUGCAAGUAUGAUGAGUUAGAUACAAAUGGAAGUUACUUUAAAUUUAGAUAAACCUCUGAGUAAUUCUUCAUACAAUGAAGUGUGGAUUCAGACUUAAGAGAUUUAAGAUAGGACAAUAUUUUUAUAUCUAUCAUCAUUCCUGUUUUUUUUCUUUAAUAGUCUGAA